AUGUCGGGCAGAAAGCCCCGGUCUGUUGCAAACCCCCUGGAGUCUGCGAUCACUUCACCGAGUGAGAAGAUACUGAAAGAAUGCCACAGUCUGUAUGUCGACAGCGAGAACGGCCUGGUAAAGAUAGCAAGCAGCCUUGGAGUCCGGCUCCUGCCUCCCAGAAAGAAGAUCGUUGUGAUGAUAAUGGGUAACCACUCUGCAGGAAAGAGCUCCUUCAUUAACUGGUAUGUUGAAGAGCACAUACAGAAAGCGGGCGUAGCCAUUGAAACGCAGGGGUUCACUUUUGUCACAAGUGGUCGCAAAAGAGAAUCACUGACGGGGAAUGCAACGCUGCAUCUCUACCCUCACUUUCGACCACUCCUUGAGUUCAAAGGUGUUAUGGACUAUCUGUCUGCUGAGAUCUCCACCUCCAAGCAAAAGAAGUUCAGUCUGGUGACCUUUGUGGACACACCAGGUUUGGUUGACGGGGACAUGGUCUACCCUUUUAAUGUCAACAGCGCCAUCACCUGGUUGGGAGAACAGGCCGAUCUGAUAUUUGUGUUCUUCGACCCGAUGGGCCAGGCACUCUGCAAACGGACGCUCAAUAUUGUGGAGAAGCUCAGUGAGAAAUGUGGAGACAAGCUGAUGUUCUACCUCAGCAAGGCAGAUGAAGCCGGGAAGGAAACGGACAGACAGAGGGUGAUGAUGCAGAUAGUCCAGGAACUUUGUCGCCGUCCAGGACUCAACAAAUGUGGUUUUGAGAUGCCUACAAUAUACAUCCCCAACCCACAGAAGCCGAGCCGGUGUGUGAACCAGAUCGAUGGGGUGUGCCAGACCAUCGAAAAGACCAUCAACCAAGCCGUUCAGAAGACUUUGGAUCAGCUGGAGAAAGACUGUGACCUUAUUUGUUCCACCAUCAGCAGCAGACUAGAGCAGGACAGGGCUGAUGUGACUCACAACAAAAGCCUCCGUCUUCACUCAUUCUUGUGUGGGGCUCUGGGUAUUGUCCUUCCUACCCUCUUCAUCUUCAGUUUCAUCUUGAACACCUUCUCCAAAGAGCAGCUGGAUGAGCUGUUUGGGGAAGGGCCGGCUCGGACCGUCUCCAUCUUCACAGGAAUAGUGAUGUAUUUAUGGGAGUGGAUACCAGAAGAUGGGCAAGUUGUGUUUGUGAUCAUUUUUGGAGCUUUUUGCUACCUCCUACUGUUCCUAGCAAAGUAUUUUGCAGGCCGAGGGAAUAAGACUCUGACGAAGAAGGAGAAGAGGGCGAUGACAGAGUACAGUGAUUAUAUCAAGGAUAUCGUCAAAACUAAAAAGGGGAAAUUGUACGAGUGGUACCUCCAGCAGUGUGCAGCAGAGUAUGACUUCUGAGCCGCGGUCAGCUGAAGACAGUUUACACACGUUUGGUGGCAUAUCAUCAUCCACCAAACAAUCAGGUUUUUCCUGUUCUCAGCUGGACAGGUGUAACCUCUGAUGCAGCAGCAAUCACUGCCAAUGUUUAUCAUCUCAAGAUUAAAAAUGUAAAAAAGUGCCAUUAUUGGUCAAUACAGGAGAAGCUGUGAUUGUAGUCAUUUGAUGAAAACAAAUUUCAUAAUGUGAAUAGAUUUUUUUCAAUUUUUGUAGUACAUGUGUCAAUGCUAGGAAGAAGUGCAAAUUUCUUAAAUUCUUCAUGUGUAACUUGCAGCUCCUUUUUGCCACCAGAGAUGUUUUUACUCUUCUCAUUAUUGUCAUUUAGCCAUGGUCCACUAAUCUCUACACCAUCCUGAAUCCUUUCAGGAUUUCUGUGUAAGAUACCACAGUGUUCUACACUUUUGUUUGCAAUCUGACCGUUACCCAUAUUGCAAUAAGAGCUCCAAGCUUUCUCCUGCCUCCAAAGACUCUCUUUCCUCCUAUUAGACAUUUGUUUUGUUGUGUGAUUUGUUCAGCCAUCAGAUGUGUCCAUUGAUAAAUCAUUGUCAUGUGAUAGUAUUUACAUAAACCACAGUGAAGACAUGUGAUUUAACACAGUAUAGUAAAAAUGGUGCACUGUGAAGUCUGUCACGGCACUGAUGUGUACCUGCUAGUUGUUCAUGAGCUCUUGUUGUCUACAGAUCCAUGUAACUUGAAUCUAGUUCUACUAUAACGCCAUGUAAUGCCUUCACUUUGUAGAUAUAUUUAUUAGUCUUUAAGGUGCUUUUUACCAAAUAAUGUAGAAAAACCUCUGUGGGCUGUUUGCAAUAUCAUUGUGAACACUGUCAGUUUGUAUUGUGUGUGUGUGUGUGUGUGUUCGAUACCUCCCAGGUAUCCUCCUCAGUGGGGAAAAUCUUGAUACCUUUAUUAUUUCAUUUAUAAAUUGUGUGUGACUUGUCAA